AUGAAAGCUUUGCUGAGUAAAUACGGGGUUGUGCAUAGGAUUUCUACUCCCUACCAUCCACAAACAAAUGGGCAGGCUGAAGUAUCCAAUAGGGAAGUUAAAGCAAUUCUUGAAAAGACUGUGGGUCCAGACAGAAAGGACUGGAGCAAAAGACUUGAUGAUGCAAAAUCUCGUCAUCUACUAGUGGAGAUUGAGCAUAGGGCAUAUUGGACAGUUAAAGCAUGCAACUUCGAUACUAGCACUUCUGGAGAGGAAAGGAAAUUGCAACUUCAAGAACUUGAGGAGAUUAGACUGGAAGCCUAUGAGAAUUCACAGAUUUACAAGCAAAAGACUAAGAACUUUCAUGACUAG